AAUAACGAGAGUGGGGCUGACAGUGCACUGUUGACGUUUCAUCAAAACAAAGCAGCGUCUGGCAAUUCAUAAGCAUUUUAUCCCAAUAACUCGUGGCAAGUGCAUCGUCCGUUGAAUUCCGUCUGUGAAACGAAUAACUGAAACGUACCCUCGGAUCCCCUGGAUUACUAGCAACUCAGACAAUCGAAUUGAUAAAUCAGUUAGUUUCUGGCUGUUAUUUUUUUUUUUGGAGAAAAUAAAAAACUAGUGAAGUGUAGAUAUGUCGUCGAAAGCGAAAUUUACGUCGGACGAGAGUCUUGGUGAAUCAUGGGUGGAAUUGAAUGCUGCUCCAGCUGACAGGGUGACACCUCUACCUUUUGGCAGUGGUGGCGAAGAGUAUCUUCGUUUACUUCGUGAAGCUCAGCGUGACUCCACCCAGUCAUCAGCCAGACAUUCCCUGGCCUCAUCCAGAAGAGAUACACCAAGAGACAGCCCCAAGAGUCCCCCAAACAGUCCAAACACUGAGCUGUCCACUGAGGAUGAUCUCACCGGGGUCUACAUUAAUUAUGGCUGCUGCAAGGACGCUGGGGACUUGUUGGAGAAGGGGUCUGAGUGGACGUACGACGAGUGGAGCUCACGUCCUGAUCAAAUACCACCGAAAGACUGGAAGUUCAAGCAUCCCCAGGGGAUGUUCAAGAGAAAAACCUACUCGAUUCGAACUGCUAAAGUUGGGAAGAAUGGGCUCUUCUCCAAGGAGGUUCUUUAUACACUGUUUCUGUCAAAUCUGCUGUCACUCCUCAUCGGCACUGGAUUCGGGGUUUGGCUGACUAGACGAAGUAUCUUGAUUUCUCGUGUUGCCAUCGAGUGAGUGAACUUCAUCCACCGAUGAAGCCUGAAAAAGUUGAGGGAAGUAAAAGGGAGGGAUUGACAGAAUAAUAUUGGAAAGAGGGGGACGAAAGAAAGACUGAGUGCCCGCGGGGAUUUAAACCCAUGUUUAAUCUAAGAAAAAUUUAACCACAGUCUGCACAUCUAUUCUCAAGAAAAUUCCCCCAGGACACAGAGACAUGAGUACAGAUCCACCUGCAGGGAAUCCUGCAGGGAGUGUCACAAUUGAUUAUUAUUUUAUUAAAAAGAGUGUCGUAGUCUUGGAUUGAUCUUCUCACCUAUUCACAUUUCCGUCGCUUUAAUGAGAUAUUCGAUAUUUGGGGGUGAUACCUGCGUCUUGAUGAUUUAUCUUUCUGCAGAUUGUGAAUGAAAGUGAGAGAUUCAAGGGAGAUUGAAGAGAAAACUAUGAACAUGUCCAAUUUUAUACAGUUUCUAAAAACAUUUCUAACUGCGAUAGUUUGGUAGGUGAUAGCAUCAUUAGUAUUUAUGCAUAAUUUUUAUUCGUUGAAUAAAUUACGACGAGCCGAUCGGCAUUGAUUAUCAGUAAUUUUCACGACUCAUCCUUCUCGGUUUCUUUCGAACCCAAAAAAAAGAGAAGAUACGAGUGGACGAAGUGAUCGGGGCAAUUGGAUAAAUUUUACCAGAUGCAUGCACUCUAAUUCAAUCUUAAUUAUCCAUUAACUAGAUAAUUAAAUUAAAUUAAAUCUCGCUUAAAAUCUCUUAGAUUCGCAGAUGACCUACAAAAAUCGACUGGUAUUUUUUUUAUUUUUUCAACGGCGUGCAUUAGAAUAAAUUUAGGAUGCAUAGAAAUUAUUUUUGUAAUGCAUUCGGAGUGGUGUAUUGAAAUGAUUUUCGAUGAUAAAUUGUUAUCAGUGCCCCCACCUGAAUUUCCUUCAGUUAAUCAAUGCCCGCGCGGUUUAUUUACGGCCAAUAAUGAGUGACGUUGAUCGAUUGCAUUAAAACAUUUUUAUAUUAUCCAUAAUUCUUCGUUAUCUUUAAAAAAAAAAAA